AUGGAGAUAGAAAAGAUUCCCGUUUCGUGGAGUGAUCAGCCAAAUCCGAUACCGAACCUCCGUACACGAACCUUCUUCAUCACGGACCAUCCACUUGACGAGAAAGAACUGAAGAAUGGGCUUGAAACUUUGAUUAGAAAGUAUUGGCGAAAGUUGGGUGCUCGUUUGGUCUCAUCCGAAAAGCAAGGUUUAGAGUAUCACCUCCCGCAUGUGUUCCUAGAUGGUUAUGAGCUUUUCAAAUGGUCGUCAGUCAGUGCUGGGUAUUCCUACGGCGAAACAUACGAAAUGUCGAAGAUCAUUCAUCCGGGAGACAAUAUCGCGUUCCUACCAGCCGUGGAUAAGAUUGACAAGCUGGCUCGGCCUCAAGACUGGCCUUUUGAGCGCAAAGAUGAUCCACCCAACUCUCCGCUGUUGUUUAUUCACUUGACCAAUUUCAACGACGGAGCAGUUUUGGCGAUCAGUGUCCCUCACGUCCUUGCCGAUCAGGGCGGAUUGGCCAAUAUUGUCAAGGCUUGGCUGGCCGUCAUUGAUGGUAAAACACCGCCAGAGAUGGUGGGGUUCAAUAAGGAUAUUUUAGGCAGCGAAAGACUCUCCAACAUCGAAGUCGAGCCGAAAGACAGAAUUGGGAGAAUGCGUAUUCGCAGUAAGAAGGAUCAGGCUUUGGUAGUAGGGAGGGUUCUUCUUGAUAUGGCGAAGGAGAAGAAGGAAACGUCUUAUACCGUUUUCCUACCUCUGCGGGUGGUUAGCAAUUUGAGAGAGAAAGUAAAGAAGUCACUGGAGGGAAAACACAUUUUGUCGGAUGAGGCCAGUAACGGCGAUAUCAUCACGGCGAUCUUCACAAAGCUUGCAAGAAUGAAUCUAAAGGCUGAAUACAACGUCUGCCAAUCAUCAACGAUUAACUACUUCCAUGGGCAUUCGCCAACAAUUCAAGUGCGAGAUCGCAUCCCAGAACUGAAGGGCGAAAAAGGCGAAGGAUUCAUCCAUAACGCGGUACACUACGCAACAGCCAACUUUGCAAUCAACCCUUCAACUCCACUAAGUGAUAUCGCGCUACAGAACAGGAUUGCUGUCAGCAAAGCAUUAGGGGAAGCAGACAUCCAAGCCGGAGUGAAGACGCUCCGAGAAGUUGCCAAGUCUGGACAGCUCAUGCUUAUUUGCGAACCUCACCAUAAGCUUUACAGCUCUUCAAAUUGGAGUGGCGCGUGGCAGGGAGUUGACUUCACGAAAGCGACACCCGAUUCCUAUGACAAGACGAGCUAUAAGAAGGAGAUGGUAGUUCUUGGAGAGAGUAAACCACGGAACGCUCUUGGAAGAUAUCGGGUUGUGAUUAUGUCUAAGACUAGUGAAGGCUUUUGGUGUGAUUUUGCUGCUCCAGUUAAAACGAUGGCUUUGGUUGGUGAGUUUAUUGGGAUGGAUCCUACGUUGGAGAGCAUAUUGGAGAUAGCUGAUGCCGAGGAGAAGCCAUGA